AUGGCCACCCAGGUGGUACUCGAAACGUCCUUGGGGCCCAUCACCAUCGAGCUCUACACGGAACACGCGCCUCAGACGUGCAAAAACUUUCGCGAACUCUGCUCGCGCAAGUACUACGACGGCACCAUUUUCCAUCGCAUCAUUCCGGAUUUUAUGGUAUACGGGUUGAAUAACACCACCUCCCAGAUCCAAGGCGGAGACCCCACAGGCACAGGACGAGGAGGCUCCUCGAUAUGGGGAGAAAAAUUCGACGACGAAAUCCGUUCGGACCUGAAACAUACAGGCGCGGGAAUUCUCAGUAUGGCCAAUUCGGGACCUAAUACCAAUGGAUCGCAAUUCUUCGUCACACUCGCGCCGACGCCGUGGUUGGAUGGGAAACAUACCAUUUUUGGUCGCGUGAAGAGUGGGCUCAAUACGGUGAAGAAGCUGGGCUUGGUCAAGACGAGCGCGGAGGACAGGCCGGAAGAGGAGGUGAGGAUUGUGAGCGCUCGCGUGCUGCAAGGCGAGGAUGGUCUGUGA